AUGGCUGGUCGACAGAACGGCCUUUCGCGCACCCUGCCGAAGAACUUCACCUUUUCUUCGACGGGCUUGGGUGAGCCUAGGACGCCAGAGCGCGCCUCGACUCACCUGGGUGUGCCACCACCCCCCCCUCGUCAUUCCAGUUGCCGUUUGCGCAGGUCCCGCGUCCGCUCGGGGACCGACGUCUUUGCUGAGGCCCAAUAUGACCUCAGCACGUCCACCUCUAACCAAUCCGAUGUCCCUUUGCCCUCGAUUGAAUUCCCGUUUAAUGACGCUUUUACCGGAUCCUCGUAUCCAACAGUUCCCUCUCGCGAUGACCGGUUCCUAGCGCCUCCCCGGGACCGUCUGGCCAUGAAAACGCCCCCGGCUCAGAUUCGUCCCGAUCCGGUCGAGGAGACAAACUCGGGAUCAUGGUAUUUGCACGAUUCCCAAGCCCUGGGGGAGAGCAUACAACGUCCGAGUUCCGCCUGCUCGCAAGCAUCGGAUUCGUCGGUCUCAUCAAUCGAAACGUUUAGCUCGCGGCGCUCAGCGGGCGGAAGCUGUACAAGCAUGGAGGAAGAGUCAUACGACCCUUUCUUCCACCUGGAGCUUCCAUCAAAGCAAACACCAGAAACACCCACCCUGUCUCACACGCGCAAGAAUAAGGCACGAUCACGCCCUUUCAAAGAGCGAUGGACCCUGCCUAUGGACAACCAUCUGUGGAACACCUACCAGGUCUACCUACAAGACCCGACCAUUACCCCCUUUAAAAUGACUCCGGGCAGCAUUCCGCCUCUUGGUGUCGCUCAUCGCGUCGCCCGAGAGGCGAAGCGGAGUUGGGAGAGAAGGCGCUUUAGACCUGACGGGCAGUUUCCCAUGGCGCUCUCGUCGCAUCAGCGCCCAAGCAACCACUCCACGCCCACCCCCAGGUCCGAUUUAGCGAGGCAAACCUGGCCCAAGUCAGAAGCAUCCACUCGGCGCAGGUUAAAAUUUCUCUGUAGAAAAAAGUUCUCAAUCGCUCCUCACUACCAGCGGAUGAUGCAGUCCAAGAGCCCGACACCGUUCCUGGACGUGUUCUCGAACCCGACCGGAGAACCUGCCCGACCCGAGGCUCCUAUCAACAGCUCCACUGCGUAUGCGACGCGCGAUCUGGGCGUGUCGCUAGUGUCCAGCUAUGUUCCCGGGCCUUUGGCUAAAUUAGCAACGGAGGGCCCGUCACCACAGGAGGUCAGUAACGAGUGGUUCAACAACCCUGUCCUUAGUGAGGGAUAUGAAACCAUGGCUGCGCCGCCCACGAUACACGCUGUUGCCAGUGCCGGCAAGCAGGAGCCAGUGCCACGACUAGGAUCACCCUUUACGUACAACUCGUGGGGUCCCAGUGGCUCGAAAAAGCGCCUCCAUCGUCAUACACCCAGAAAUAGGCGGGAAACCAUCCAUGUGACGGGCUCCCGGCUUCGUUCUCCGCCUCGCAUGGAGACCUUCCCCCACCUGGCACCCUAUGCUGGCCCCACGAGUGAAUUUCCAGCCGAACAGGACACGGAUGAACAGUUAGAAGAUCUUCUCCGGCAUGGAAAGCUCAAUCAUGUUGGCCAGCAUCGCAUACGGAUUCGCAACCGUGGCGCCACAACGAGUGCAGUCAAUCACCAGGGCCUCGACCAGUUGUUCUCACCGCCAUCAUCGUCGUCUCGGAAUGAAGACAUUAUAGUGGAGAAACCCGUAGCUAACGCAUUGCUGAAUCUCGGUGGCGAAAAUAUCAAGCGUUUGGGCUCGCCUUUCAAGCUGGAAGUAACCAAACGACCCCAGCCUUCACCUAGGCGCAUUAGGCAUGCUCCGUCUUUCUCAGAUCCAUUUGCCAGCGGACUACUUCCCCCACUGGACUCGACAAGUUCGAACAGUCAGCCUCAGAAUCAAGGAAUGACUGGCGUGCCCCUAUACGAUCCAACCGGGAAAGAUGUUGAAUGCAGUCGCACUCCAAUCCUUAAUACGCCGCACUCAAGACAAUAG